AUGUCACAACCAUCAUUUAAAAAAAUAGUUUUUGUUUCUGGCGCAACUGGAUUUAUUGCCAAACACAUUAUCGGUCAACUAUUAGAAACUGGUGAGUAUAAAGUCAUAGGAUCCGUAAGAAGCCAAGAAAAGGCUGAACUUGUGCAAAAUUUAUUUAGUCUUGAUUAUGAUUUAAGUUUGCUAGAAUUUGCUAUCGUGCCCGAUAUUUCCAAAGUAGACGCUUUCGAUGAAGCCUUUAUUAAAUAUGGAAGAGAGAUUGAGUACGUUGUCCAUACGGCUUCUCCUCUUUUCUUCCAUGCGGAAAAAAGUAUAGAAAAUGAGAUUUUGAUUCCUGCUGUCAAUGGAGUCAAGUCCAUCUUAAGUGCAAUCCAAUUGUAUGGACCAAAUGUUAAGAAAUUUGUUUUUAUGUCUUCAUUUGCUGCUUGUGGUACCAAAGAAUUUGAUUCCGUAUCAAGAAAUUUCAUUAAUGAAGAAACUUGGAAUUCAAUUUCUUGGGAAGAGUCAAAGGAAAGUGGGUACAAAGCCUAUUACGGUGGCAAAACUUUUAGUGAAAAAUAUUGCUGGCAUUUUGUUAAAGAAAACAAUCCACAUUUUAAAGUUUCAACAAUUUUACCAACCUAUGUUUUUGGGAGACAGAAAUUUGAGGAAGAUGUUAAACAAAAGUUAAAUUUGUCAUGCGAGUUUAUCAACGAGAUUGUUCAUUCUAAACCCAAUACGAUAGUGGACAACAACUUAUGCCGUUCAUUUAUCGACGUUGAAGACGUGGGUAAAACUGUAUUGCAAUGUUUAAAAGAUAACAACUUGGAAAACCAGCGGUUGCUAUUGAGUAAUGGUAGAUUCACUUUACAAACUAUAGUUAAUGAGAUUAAUGAAAGUUUCCCACAGUUGAGGGGCAAGAUUGCUCAACCCGUAUAUGGGAUUGAUGAAGAUAAAAUAAAAACCAUGGCUACUUUGGAUAACAAUAAAACAAAAAAAUUAUUGGGGUUUCAGUUUAAAAGUUUCCAUGCUUGUAUCUGUGACACAGUGUCACAGAUUCUAGCCACAGAAAAAAAGAUGGGAUGCCAGUAA